GACUUCCGAACGUAUAUAUAAAAAAGUAAAAUGGCUGCGGCCAUACCAGCCUCACCGUCCACACCACGCAGGAUAUAUAGUUUAUGUAAUAUUUGUUGUCUGUGCGGGUUUUCAUUUCUAAUAAAAGAAGUUGAUCGAAACGGUACUGUGACAUGGAAGAAGCUUUCGAAGCUGAAACUUAGGCUGACCGAUGAGAAAAGGGAUACCAUACAGAAGAUCAUCGAGAUGCCGCCACACUCGGAGGGAGUUUGUGUUAAGUGUUUCGCGAAAGUCGAGAAAAUCAUUAAAUAUAAGAAAGAAAUCGAUAACAUCAUAUCCGUUUUCAGGGAAAGUAGGCGCAGGUUCAAAGCCAAAACUCCGAGUUCAUCAACUAGAAAGAAAAGAGUUUUAAGAUCACCGCAGGUGUGUCUUCCUGAAUUCAAACAUGUUUGCAAAGACCCUGAGCGCACUUCUGAAAUGACAAUUCCUAUUAUUCCACAGCCUACUGAAUUGCUAAAAGAUUCUCUUUCCAUGCAAAACAAAGGAGUUUUAGAGGAAGGUAUAGUGACUCUUCCACAGAGUUUGCAGAUUCAUGCAAAGGAGUUUGAUUCCUGAACAUAUUCCACCAAGUAUGCAUAUUCAUUCCAAGGAGGAUUUAGGUAUGAAUUGCAUGUUGAUGAUAACAAAUUAUAUAUAACAGAUACAUUGUACAUGUAGAAAUCAAAUGUACAACUCAAGACAUCCCUACAUAGCAUUAAUAUAAUUGCAUAUCUACUAAUCAACAACGGUUUACACUUAAGUAAUUCAUAAGAUGUCUAUAUUUCAUUCCAGCGAAACCCCCCUUAGAUGGCACUAUUGAGGUUUAUAAUUUUCUGAUGGUUGUAAUGUUCAAUGAUUUUGAUGUAAUCUAUAAUUAGUUCGUUCUUAGUUCUAUAAAUAAAAACAGUGAUCUAUUAAUAAUGGAACUAAUUUAUAUUACAAUUUGUUAUUAGCUCACCUUAGUCACCAAGAAGAUGACCUAUUUUUGCUAUUUGUUUUUGUCUGUUGUCAUUCAUAAGCUUUACACUGAGCUUUUCUGAUCACGUUUGUCUGUUGCUCAUCCAUUUGUAAACUUUUCAUAUUUUCAUAUUCGUCUUCAGAGGCCAAAUUCAAUUAGACUUGGUACAAAUCAUUCCUCUUAAAGAUGAUGAGUUCAGUUGAAGAGCCA